GUAGGCCCCGUCCUGGCUCUCAAGCCGCCCGCGUCCGGCGACGGCGGCGAGCAGGAGCAGCAGGUACACGAGUGCGUGAGGUGGCUCGACGCACAGCCGCCGGCGUCCGUCGUGCUGCUCUGCUUUGGGAGCAUAGGCGGUAGCUUCGCCUCGCCGCAGGUCCGAGAGAUCGCCGCCGACGCCCUCGAGCAAAGCGGUCACCGCUUCCUGUGGGUACUCCGUGGUCCGCCGCCGGCCGGUUCGAAGACGGCGUACCCGACGGAUGCCAACCUCGACGAGCUGCUCCCGGAAGGGUUCUUGGAGAGGACCAAGGACAGGGGUCUGGUGUGGCCCAAGUGGGCGCCGCAGAAGGACAUCUCCUCGAUAGCCAACCCUGCCGUCGGCGGCUUCGUGACCCACUCCGACCCAAAACCGGCUCCGCUUGCUUAUACGGAAACCGAACGACUUUGAGCUUGAGUCGUAUUCAGUUUCCCUCUCCUUCAAAUAGGCAACGCCGGCGUUCUCAAAGCACGCGUCUUUUUUUUUUCCUUCCCCCGCAGCAAGCACGGAACGCCAGACGUCUAUGGCCGACGACACAUCAACCAGCAGCGGCAGCUGCAUCCGCAUCUACGGCCCGGAAAACUUCAAGGACAACUUCCGCAUCUUCAAAAAGGAAGAUGAGAUCAGACCCGUUCUUGCCAAGAUCGAGAGGAUCCACGACGAGGUGAAGCUUGACAACGGAUUGUGCUUCGGCCUCUUCGAUCCCGCCACCAACAUCCUCGUCAACAGCGUCAUCUCCAACUCCGAAGGUGCCCCUCCGCCGCCGCCACUGCCGCCGCCGCGGCGAGCGUACGCAGGACGCCGGCGGCGCCGAGGAUGGGAGGAGGAGGACAACGGCAGCAGGGCGCGUGCAUACAUGGCCCAGCGGUCGUUCGACGGCCUCAUCGCCUUCCUGACCUGCCUCUUCCCUUACCUCCCCGACGCGGAGGCCCUGGCGUACCUCGACGCUGCCGAGCUGGACCCGCUCGUCGCCGCCCUCGUCAUCAUCAGCAGGCGCGGGAUACAGGAUGAAUUCGACCUGUGCUCCCCGAUCACCGAGGCGGCAGCAGAGGUCGCGCUCAGGUGUUCUGCGGCUGCCGCCAAGCACCCUGACCCGCGGUGGUUCGUGCAGGCCUGGAAGAAGGUGCUCUCGCCUGCCGUGGAAGCGCUCGGCGACCCUGCUGCGCCGCCAUCACGCGAGACGCUGGGCGAUGCAGUCCGCCGCGCGCUCGACGCGGCGGCACCGGAUGUUCUUCAGCUGAAGGGAUCGUGGGACCUCGCCAAGGGGCGUCUUGCGGCAGCAAGCUCCAAGAUUUAUGCAGCACCGCCGUCGAAAGAGCUGCCUCCUGUCCGAGCAGCCAUGAAGCGGAUGCUGCUUGCAACAAUCCACGGGCUCUACGUGCAGGCGCUGGGCAGGCUGCCCACGGCGGAGCUGCGCAGUCGGUACCACCGCAGCUUGCUCCUCGGCGGCUACUGCUACGGCCCGCUGGAUCCUGUAUCUAAUAUCAUCGUCAAUACAAUCUGGUACGAGCAAAAUUUCCCGACGGGCAAACAAUUUUCAGUAUCCAUGGUUAGCACUCAGAUGCUGUGGCGUGUUGCAGCCCGGUCACUCUAUGGCCUCAUAUCCUUUCUCUGCACUCGACGUCAAGGUCUCACGCCUGAUGAAGCCGUGCAAUGCCUGCUCAUGACCAGAGCCGAUUUGCAAGCGGCUGAUUCUAACCUUUCUGCUACACUUAGUGCUGACAGAGAAAAACCUCUAGAUUUUUCGGAUUCCAGUGUAUUUCCUGACAGUCCUGCAGCUGAAGAAAGCACACGAGUUGCCAGCAUUGUUGAAGCUUAUACUGCCGCGGCCACAGCUGCAUUUCACUCCUCUCCUGACCCUGUCCCUCUUGCACACCCAGAGUUUCUUGCACAUCAAGGGUUUGGGUCUGCCUUAGAGGUGUUGCAUGCGCGUGAUGGUGGUCCACUCUCCUCUGAAGAUAUUAGUUUGCUCGGGGGGAUAUUACAAAGUUGUUCCUCGCCUAAUAGCAAGUCACACCAGCAACAUGAUAUAGCCCCUAAAAUGGUCAAGAACUUAGUGUAUUAUCAUAUGAAUCAAAGCAGCCAUAGGUUUUGGGGUAAGCAUGAGCGAGUUACUGUUAUGGUGGGAGAUGCAUUGGACAAAUUCAACAAGACUGUUGCGGAGGGUCGCUUGUUUGAACUUCAUAUUAUCUUUGGUUUCAAUGAGUUUGUAUCUGGCCCUGUGCACAGCAAGGAGAAAGUUGGAGCCUAUAAUCCAUGGACUCCUGACAAAUAUUCUCACACCCAUAUUAACUUUUUGGCAAUAUGCAAAGACCGCCCAUAUGAUCCUCCAACAAUCUUCUUUGCUGAAUGUGGCAAAGAUGGCGCUGAUACCUGUUGGUGUGUCCCUAUAAUUCCGCAGCAACCAAAAUCUGAACAACCUCGUUGCGUGUACUGUGAGCAUCGAGCUAACAGGAUUGUGCAUCCAGCUACGGAGAGUUUCCACGGUCUUGACGAGUUUGAUAAGCUAUUUUAUGAAUCAGAUCGAAAAUUCUAUACCAAUAAUCGGGCCAUCGAAGAUUGUAGAUUAGAUAUAGAUUGGGUCCAUGGUGUGGAAGACGGUGCCAUCUACCUUAACUACUGCCCAGAUGGUGAUGAUGGUGACGAAGCUGAUUGGAUACAGAUUUCCUAAGUGCUAGGUGGCAAGGAUUGUGACACAAGUGAUGUAAAAUUAGAUAGAUAAUGUUAUUUAUUUGUUCUUGUGUGAACUACUUUAUGAUUGCUUUUAACUGUGUUUGUUGGAGAUCCGUUUCA